AUGCAGUGCAUGAGGGAUAUAAACAAAGAGGUCUGGCAAGACUGCAUCACCCUCUUCCUACAGACUGGGAUCUGCUGUGAUGCAGCAAUUGUCACCAAUUCUCCACCCUGGUUGUUAGCUUCUUAUCCCGAAGGCAACUUGUUCCAGUUGACCCAGGAAGAAAUUCAGAUCUUGCUGGCGAGAGAGGGGAGAGAGAAGUUGUUUCUUCAGGGAGUCACUCUUGCGGGGACUAAAUGCUUGUUGAUCCGAGACAACCUGUACACUGAGGGCAACAACACCAUGGACCUCCGCACCAAAGGCCAGAGUUGGAGCAGCCAGGCAGUGACAAUACUUCAAAUGGAGUCUGUAUACUUUGUGGUGAUAGGACAAAAAGGAACUGAAGGAGGGCCUCUCAACCUCAAGGCUUUUGAGAUCGCAGGUUACAUCAAAGAAGCCAUUCACCAACACGUGGCCCGUCUCUAA